GGGGAGGCUGCUUUGGAGAAGACCGGUGCAGAGGAGCCGGCAGUGCUGAAGAAAGCCGAAGCGGAGGAGGAAAUGGAACGGUUCGAGGAAGAGGAGCAGCCCCAAGAGGAGGAGGAGGUGACUGAGAAGGUCCCGGCAAAGGAAGAGGCGGAGGAAGAAGCGACCACAGCUCUGACAGAGGAAAGUGCGCAUGUGAAUGAGGAGAGGCGGAGACAAGAGGACGAGGAGCAGGCUGUUGAGAAGGCCCGCGCAGAAGAGGAGCGACCACGAUUGGAGGAAAGGUUUCAAGAGGAAGAGGCGGCUCUUUCGAAUGGCCGCGCAGAACAAGAGGAAAGUGAGCACAUGGAGGAGGAGAGGCAGAAACAAGAGGAGGAGCAGGCUGUCAAAGAGGCCCGCACAGAAGAGGAGGAGAGGGCACGAUUCGAAGAAGAGAGGCUGCGACGAGAGGAAGAGGCAGCGCUCGAGAGGGCCUGCGCAGAGGAAGAG